CCAAGCCCAACUCGUGAUCCAGUCAUCCAUAGUCGACUCGACUUUGGGUUCGAGCGAUCGAAACUCGGUAACCCAGGCGAGGCGAAUCCAAAUGCGACCACCCGCUGGCCGGCCUCCCCGCUCGCCGCCGCCGCCGCCGCAUGACCACCGCCGUCCUCCGGCCAUCCCCACCGGUCGCCACCCUCCUCGGCCGCUGCCGCACCGCGCGCUGCCUCGCCCAGCUCCACGCCCGCAUCGUCCGCCUCGGCCUCCACAACCACCACGCGCUCCUCGCCCGCUUCGCCGCCGCCUGCGACGCCCUCUCCUGCCCCUCCGUCGCCGCCUCCCUCCUCUCCGUCGCCGUCCCGGUACGCCUGCGGAACGCCGUGCUCGCCUCCCUCGCCCGCCACGCCCCGCUGCGGGACGCGCUCGCGCAGUUCAACCUCCUCCGCGGGGGCGCGUCCCGCCCGGACGCCUUCUCCUUCCCUCCCCUCCUCUGCGCCUGCGCGCGCGCCUCCUCCCUCCCCACCGGCGCUUCCUUGCACGCCGCGGCCAUCCGCCUCGGAGUCGACGCCGACCUCUUCGUCCGCACGGCGCUCAUCCAGUUCUAUGGGAGGUGCGGCGCCGCUGCCGCCGCCCGGGCUCUGUUCGAUUCACUGACAAACCCCAGCGAGGUCUCUUGGACGGCCAUUGUCACUGCCUAUGUCAACUCUGGUGAUAUUUUGACUGCCAGGGAGUUGUUCGACCAAAUUCCACACCGAAAUGUGGUGCAUUGGAAUGCCAUGGUUGAUGGGUAUGUGAAGUGCGGUGACUUGGAGGGUGCAAGGAAGCUGUUUGAUGAAAUGCCUGAGAGAACUCCUGCAGCGUACACAUCAUUGAUUGGCGGGUAUUUAAAUGCAGGGAACAUGGGAGCUGCGAGAACAUUGUUUGAUAAGCUAGAGGACCGUGAUUUGUUCGCAUGGUCAACAAUGAUAUCAGGGUGUGCACAGAACGGUUACCCUGGAGAGGCUUUGAGGAUUUUUAACGAGUUCCAAAAGCAAGAAAUAUGUCCAGAUGAGCUUGUUAUUGUUGGUUUGAUGUCAGCAUGCUCCCAACUUGGUAACAUCACAUUGGCAAGAUGGAUUGAAGGUUACAUCAUGAUUUAUCCAAUAGACAUGAACAAUGUCCAUGUGAUGGCGGGUCUCAUUAACAUGAAUGCAAAGUGUGGCAACAUGGAGAGAGCUACUCUUUUGUUUGAAUCUAUGUCAGUUCGAGAUGUUUUUUCAUAUUGUUCAAUGAUGCAAGGUCAUUGCCUCCAUGGUUCAGCUAGCAAGGCUGUAGAGCUUUUUUCUCAGAUGCUCUUGGAGGGCAUCACCCCAGAUAACGCCGCGUUCACAGUUGUUUUGACAGCUUGCAGUCAUGCUGGCCUAGUUGAAGAAGGGAAAAGGUACUUUGAUAUGAUGAAGAAUGAGUAUAUGAUUGUACCAUCUGGUGACCACUAUGCUUGCCUUGUCAGUCUUCUCGGACGUUUUGGGAUGCUGAGAGAUGCAUAUGAGCUUAUCAAGUCAAUGCCUGGAGAACCUCAUCCAGGAGCAUGGGGUGCAUUGCUGGGGGGAUGCAAGUUUCAUUGUGACAUUGAGCUUGGAAAAAUUGCUGCAAAGAAGCUCUUUGAAAUUGAACCGGAAAAUGCUGGAAAUUAUGUCUCGUUGUCAAACAUUUAUGCUAACAUUGACCGAUGGGGAAAUGUUUCUGAAACUAGAGCUGAGAUGACAGGAAGAGGGAUAACGAAAAUUGCAGGCUGUACCUUGGUUUUGCAGUAGCAUGGUUGAGAUGAGUGAGGGAUUUAUUUUGCCAUAUGUUUACUGGCCCUACUGGAAAGUUCAGUGAACAUCUUUCUGAAUGAGAGGAAAAACCAUGUGUGCUGUAAUGCUGUGCAUGUUGACUCAUGAUGGUUAUGAGAUCAAUAGAAACCAAGAGUUUACACUCAACCUGAGAAUGCCUACAAUAAAUCUGGCUUCAUGACAUAAAUGAUGUGCUUGUUAACAAGCUGUAUGGGAGUUAAUAAGAGGAACGGGACCAUCUUAAGUAGACUGUUCUCUUCGGAGUGCUUUGAAUUCUUUCUGCCGUUGAUACCUUAUGAGAACCAGAGGAUUCCGUGACACUGGUUUGAUACCAUCCACUUCUGUUGCUGAGUCUCAUCCACUUUUUCAAUUGUUGAUGAGACGACUCCCGGAUGGUUACAUGGGGGAAAAGGUUGCUGAUUAUUUGCCUUGGCAGGAUCAGUAUGUGAUGUGGUAUCCUGAUAUUGGUUGUCAUUAAUCAGAAAAAACAAGUAUAUAGCUCUUCAGAUAAUUGUAUCCAGAAGUUUCAUUUUGAAACAAAGGCAGAAGCUCUGCCUUAAUUCAUUGAUAUAGAAGAGGCAAAUAACAACUGUAUAUCCAGAAGUUGUGGAGUGCAAAAUUUUGGAGUUUUGAGCAUCGUGCCUCGGCUAUACUUCCUGAAGGGAUAACAAAGAGGUUAUUUGAGCAAGUACCCGCUGUGCUGCGAGUAAGAUUCGAGUUAUCAGCGGUUGUUUAGGUUGGAUCUCAAAGAAUCAACAUACUGUGGGUGUUACAGGAGGCCGUGUGGCACUUAACCCCCACGGCGCUGUGUGGUUAAAAUAUUGAGGAGAUGUUCCCUUCGUGGGCGGGAUGAUCUAUUGUCUAUUCUCUCGAUGCAAGCAAUGAAGGCAUGGAAAAAUAACUGCCGACGGCCAACUAGGAUUGUGAAGAUUUUUUUUCCUUUUUAUUUAAGAACUGUGAAGAUCUUUCAUUCUGUGUUUUCUAUCGUUCAUAAAACCUGUAGGGUAUGUGUCCGUUGGAAGUUGCGAUCGUCUGUUUCAAAUAUUUGAACUUAGCUUAAAUUUGAGGUGUAAUUAUCAAUGAAACUUGUUCAUGGAUGUCUAGCUGUUGAAGUUUAUUUGUAUGAAUGAAACCGCAGUUGAAAUAAAACUUCCUUUUUUUUUUCAGGAAGUAUCCUAACAUCUCAAAA